UAUUUGGCUUGCUGUGGCCGUAGCGCCCCUCGCUCUGCUCUUUGCUUCACAGAGGAACCUGCCCACCCAGCCAUGGCUGCGAAACGAGCUCUGGUCAUUUUGUCGAAGGGCGCAGAGGAGAUGGAGACUGUUGUACCGGUGGAUGUCAUGCGCAGAGCCGGGAUCGCUGUUACUGUGGCAGGAUUGACGGGGAAGGAACCAGUCCAGUGCAGCCGUGAUGUCGUUAUCUGUCCAGAUUCAAGCCUUGAGGAAGCUUCAAAAAAGGGUCCGUAUGAUGUCGUCCUUUUGCCUGGAGGAGCACUUGGUGCCCAGAACCUCUCAGAGUCUCCUGCUGUGAAAGAGGUGUUGAAGGAGCAGGAGGGCAGGAAGGGGCUGAUUGCCGCCAUCUGUGCAGGGCCCACUGCGCUCUUGGCUCAUGGCAUUGCCUACGGCAGCACAGUCACCACCCACCCAGGUGCUAAGGACAAAAUGAUGACUGGAGGUCACUACAAGUACUCGGAGGCCCGUGUUCAAAAGGAUGGCCAACUCAUCACGAGCCGAGGUCCAGGCACCAGCUUUGAAUUUGCCCUGGCAAUAGUAGAAGAGCUUAUGGGUGCCGAAGUGGCUGCUCAAGUCAAAGCACCCCUGAUCCUGAAAGAUUAGUCAUAAUGAAUUGAUUAAUAACCUCUUCACUGUAAACAGAUCCAUUGAAUUUAACAGCAACACAUGUUUAUUUUCCAGUAAUCCCUCAUAUGGAGGAGAAUUUAGAUUUUUCAGAACUUCUCUGGAAGUAAAGCAAAGGAAUAAGAGCAUAGAAUGCCAGAAUAAGAGCAUAGCAUGCCAGAAAGAAACUUUAUUUUGAUGCACAUUUUGGCACUAAUGUCUAGAUAAUUUUGGCACUUAAAAUCCUUAUUUUUGCUGUGUUGGAAUUAUAAGCUUUUAUGCAAAUCCUGUGACAGCAUGGCAAAUUAUAAUAAAGUCACAAUGUAAUAUUUAUGGCA